GACGGAUCAGGAUAUAAAGGAGGAAUCGGAGCAGCAGCAGUACUAAUACGCGACGGGCAGGAACCACGAAAGCUACGAUACCACCUAGGCCCGAAUGAUGAACAUACUGUAUACGAAGCCGAGACGCUGGGUCUAACUCUUGCAGCACGUCUACUCGCCACGGAAAGAAAUGUAACAUACCCGGUCUCCAUAUUAUUAGACAACCAAGCCGCAAUCAAGUGCGGGACGAGGACGAACAAGGACAGCAGCGACUACAUACCUGGGAAAUUCAAGAAUAUGGUAAAACACCUAUCAAAGCGUAGAAACGAACAAGGUGACUUCGACCUCACCAUCCGCUGGAUACCCGGACACGAAAACGUAGCAGGAAACGAAUUCGCAGACCAAGAAGCGAAGCUAGCGGCUGAAGGCCCCCAUAGAAACAGCUCGAACCGACACCUACCGAAAUACCUCCAA